GCGACGAACACGAAAGCAAAGAUUGACGAAAGCGUGAAAAUGAAAUGAGAGACAAACAAAACAAAUGAUUUGAUGAUUGUCAGGAAGAUUGGGAACAUUUUUCUUGUAUGUGCUUGUAGUGUAUGUAUUGUAUCGUUAUUGUACACCAAAUUGAUUAAAUUCGUGAUAAACAGAACCUCCUAUUAAACAGGAUAAUCUUGAGCUUUUUAUUUACGAUUAUCUAGGAAGAGCUUUGCAGGUGAGGCCGCCAAAAUGGAGGAAGAGAAUAGAGAAGACGAUACACUGAGCAAUGCUUCAACAAAAUAUGAAGAUAAUUCUCCGAAGCUGAAGAAAGAUCUUAUUGCAGAGACUGACUUCUUUGGAGAAACGAAAGUAAAACAUAAAUUAACAACUUAUACUUGGGCGUUGAAGGAUUUUAAAACGCUAGCUAAAAUCCAUAAACAUAUGGAUACCGAAUCAUUUACUUUAUGUGACGAUUCCAACAUCGAAUGCUUCCUCAGCGCUGAUAUUUCUGACUGGUUGUCCGUCCAUGUGAACUUCUGCGAUGCUGUUCCGGCUACUCACAGUUACGAAAUAACUCUCCACGUCAUAAACGAAGAAAAUCUGAGUUCUUUCCAUGAGGUGCUUUACACUAAAGAUAUAAUUAAGGGCCAGAAGAUCACCUUUGAAAAAUUUCUGCUCAUGGAAAGAGAAGAGUUAGAUAACUUCCUCGUGAAUGGAUGUUUGUUCUUGUGGUGCGAAAUUUCUCGCAUUGAUUCCUCCUUCUUAUUUAGGAAUACCGUUAUUGACAUGGUGGAAAAUGAAAUUUCUGAUGACAUCCCCAACCUUUGGAAGAAGCAAUUGCUGACAGAUGUGACAUUAAUUGCUGGUGAGAAGGAAUUUCAAGCCCACAAAUGCAUCCUUGCCGCUCGAUCUCCCGUUUUCUUAGCGAUGUUCCAGACCGACAUGAAAGAGAAUCACGAAAACAAAGUUGUUUUGAAUGAUGCGGAUCCGGAGUGUUUGAAAAAGUUGCUGGACUUUGUUUACUCGGACAAAGUCGCUAAUAUACAGCAAGAUACGGAAAAAUUGUUGGCCAUGGCUGAUAAAUACGAUAUUAAGGGAUUAAAACUUAUUUGUGCACAGGAACUUUGUAAUACCCUAGAUGCUGCUACAGCGAUUAAUACUUUAGUGUGGGCAGAUAGAUACAACGUUCAAGAGCUCAAAGACAGAGUCUUAAUUUUCAUAAGGAGUCAUAUGAAGGACGUUCUUGAUACAGCGGCUUAUAGUGAUGUUCUUGCUGAAUAUCCUAAUUUGCUUAAGGAUAUGUUUUAUUGCAAAUCGCCCCCUUACAAAAAGCAGAGACUUAAUUUGUAAUAAGUAAGAAGAUAAGUUCAAAUUUAGACUUCUUUGUUCUAAGCAAUUUUACUGUUGAUUCUAUUAAUAGAAUUUAUUAUUUUCGUACCAGUUCCAUUUUGUAAAAAUAAACAAGGUUUCCCU